GGACCCCACAGCUUGUGUCAAAUGCUCGGGACCAUCACCACGAACAGAUCAAAAAACUUUCCCGGCGUCUACAUUUGUCCAGGCUCUGCGUGGCACUUGCAUACUUGGAACGAAGCGUGCUCUUCAAAGCAUCCAGCUCCUAGGGACACGAGGCCCGUCGCAGCCAUUUGCCAGCUGUAUCGCCUAUCUCAUAUCCAGCUUACGAGACCAGCCAUCACCAUGACCCCAAGCUCAUAGCAACAGCGUCUGCAGUACACGACUGCGACCAGGCUCUUGCUUCGCAAUAUUACACAUCGCCUUGCAGCGUCCGUGACUGAUGAGCCUCGGCAAGACCUCGGCCUGUGGCACUCUUUCACAUGAAGGUUCAAAUAUUAAUAGUCAGAUUGCACAUCUUUCGCCAUGGACGACGAUGACCCAAGAACCCUCGAGCUGGAGACAAUCACAGCCAUCUAUCCGGAGCUCCAAGUCGACGACAAGGACCAGUUCACAGUGUCCAUAGAUAUCCCAGUCAGCCUCGACAAUCCGCUGACGGUCUUUUUCCCGGCCUCCGGCGUUGGUGCGCCUAUAGGCACAACGUCACAUGCUCCGGAAGCAUCUUCGUCAGUGGCAGUUGACUCGCAAGCUCUGUCCAAUCUCCCUCCGCUGCAGGUCAAGAUCACCCUCCCGCCUGGGUAUCCGCAGGACAAGCCCCCAGCCGCCAAGGUAUCUACAACACCACCUUGGCUCGCUCCUGGCAUCCUCCGCAAACUCGAGCAUGAUGCCGAAAGGCUGUGGGAAGAGAUCGGUCACGACCAGGUCAUCUUCACUUACAUAGAUGACCUUCAGCAGUCGACAGCCGACAUUUUUGGCCUCGUCAGCGAGAAGGGUACCCUGGAAGUCAGUCCCGAGCAUAAGAUCGCCAUUCUCGACUAUGAUAGUGCAGCUAAGCGGAGAGCUUUUGAACGGGAGACGUUUGAUUGUGGUAUCUGUCUAGAACCCAAGAAAGGAUCUGCUUGCCACAAGAUGCUGGAUUGCGGUCAUGUGUUCUGUGUACAGUGCCUGCAGGACUUUUACAACAAUGCCAUCACAGAAGGCGAUAUAGCGGCCGUGCAGUGCCUCGAGCCGAGCUGUGCGAAAGAGCGUGGCACGGCUCAGAUGCAAGCGGCGAAUGCAACAAAGAAAAAGAAGCCGAAAACAUUCAUCAGCCCCAGCGAGCUCUUGCAGAUUCCUCUCGAGACAGAAAUGGUCAAGCGCUACGUGAAGCUGAAGCACAAGACCGAGCUGGAGUCGGAUAAGAACACUGUAUAUUGUCCAAGAUCAUGGUGCCAGGGCGCUGCCCGGUCGAAGAAGCACAGGAAGCCUGAGGGCCUCGAGUUCUCGAACCAAUCUGACGACGAGUCUGAGACAGAGGAGACGACGGGUACCGCCAAGAAUAAAACUGCCGCAGACUAUAGGAAUGAUUUGUUGGCAAUAUGCGAGGACUGUGGCUUUGCUUUCUGCAGCCGGUGUGGGCAGUCAUGGCACGGCGAGUUCAAGUACUGCAUCCCAAAAGAACGCAAGGAGGCCAUUACAGAGGAAGAGAAGGCGUCUCUCGAAUACGUCAAGAUGCACACGACGCCGUGCCCGACGUGCGCAGCGCCGGCCCAGAAGACCCAAGGAUGCAACCACAUGCUGUGCUUCCGCUGUCAGACGCACUUCUGCUACCUAUGCUCUUCGUGGCUCGACCCCUCUAACCCGUAUGGUCACUUUAACACCCAGGCCGACGGCAAGGUCAACAGCUGCUACAUGCGAUUGUGGGAACUCGAAGGAGGAGAUGGUCAAGAUGUGGGAAUCGGCUACGCGGGCGGCAACGCUCUCAAUGUUCCCAACGGGGAGCCUGCCCUUGAGCCUCACGAGGUGGCGGCCCUGAUGGAAGCAGAGGAGCGCAUCGUCGGAGACCGACCGGCUGCCAAUAUCCUGCCUGCGAUCAAUGAUGUCCAGGGUAACCAGGCACAGCGGGCUCCGCAAGAACGAGUGGAGGUUGCGCGCGAAGGGCCUCUCGUGCUUCGCAUAGGAGGGGAUGCACCAGGGGCCGCGCCUCGUAACGCAUUUGGGGCGGAACCUGCUGCCCACCUUGGGCCAGCUCGGAUUCAGCACGGCGGCAGAGGAGCCGCACCACCAGCUCAAAGGGGAGUAGGCCGCGGAAGAGGGAGAGGUCCUGAGCGGGGAAACCGUGGAAAUAACAGAGGGGGGGGAGCAGUAGGCGGAGGGGCCAUAAAUGCCAACCGACAGCAGGCCGGAGCGGCCGGGCGUGGACGAGGAAGACAUGCGAGGAAUCAGCCACGAGGUGCUAACGAUCAAGCUGCCGCGAACCGUGAGCCGCACAUGGAAAUUGGCAAUAUACUCAGGCAGCAGGGUGAGCUUGAUGAGGCCCAGCAGGCGUGGAUCCGCCAAUUUGUGCAGCUUGCGCUCAAUGAUCAGGAGGACCUGGUCGACUGGGAUAGUGGUGACGAGAUUUAAGGAAGCAUAUAGCAGAAGAUCUCAUUCUCAAGAUCAACGUGAUUGUCGGAUUCCGACAUGGAGCAUCGGCAGCGGCGUUUUCUACAAGGUUUUUCAAGUUUAUUUUAUUCUCGAGAUUGCAUUCCUCAAAGAGCAUUAAUUGAAAUAUCACCCAGGCAGUUCUUUGCCAAUAGACAGUGCU